AAGAUGUUCUACAUGAGGAAAAUAAAGCACCUUAAAAAAAAAUUGCUCACCAGGCUCAAAGACGCAAUACCCACUGCUACACUGACACACACACACACACACAGACACACAUGCACAAAGACACAUACACACACGCAGUUUUGAGAGGCAGCUCCUCCCAAAACCAAAAGAGGGAGAGAGGGAGAGGGGACGAGAGAGGAGCACACACUGCCGAGGGAGACUGCCUGCUGUCACACGUGUCUGCCCUCACCUCCUCUGCACUCCGUUCCCAGCUUCACAGGAGAGAGACAAAAACCUGCGCUUUCUCACCCCAAUCCAGCCCUGAAGGACUUCUAUGGAAUUUGGCCUCCACACCUCGUUUCUGAUUAACCCCAUCUUCAAGGAUCUGUUCCCCAAAUCCGAAGCUUUUACAAGGGAAACCCAAUGACAGAUUUCAAGGGAGCAAGGAUGGAAACACAUGAAAGGGAAAUAAUGAAAGUUGUAUGUGCGAAGUGAAAGAAAAAUCCUUCCGGGGGAAAAUGCUGUGUCUGAAAGGCACUCUAGGGGGCUCGUCUUAUCCACACUCGAGGUCAGUUCCGGGCUAGGAACCGGGAGAUCAAGGUCAGUUCCGGGCUAGUAACCAGGAGAUCCUUGUGCUCUGUGGGAGGAGAGUUGAACCGUGGGGCAUCAGCUGAUCCUUCAUCAUCUCCCCAUCGUCCUCCUCCUGCUCCUCCUCUUCAUCAUCGCCACACUAUGCGGAUGUUAUCUUUAGUCAUAUGGAUUGUCAAUUUCACCAAUCUCACUCAUGGACAUGACAGUGAGGAGUACUUCCCAGGUGAAAAGGGCUCUGAAGUCCCACCGGCUGGGGACAGCCUCAGAGGUUCGGACCCAGUGUCCAGUGUCGACGACCUGGUUGAGCUGUUUUACCCUGAGUACAGCUUGGUCCAGCACUGUCUACGUCAGAAAGCCCUGCGCACAUCCUCUCCUCUUCAUGCUGAGGACGAUAUCUGGACCUGGGCCAAGCCCAGGGAGAUGCCCCAGUACAAGUAUGACGCCAGCAUCAUCGAAGUCAUUCUGGAAGAGAUCCAGCGCACUAUGUGUAGUCCCCGAGAGGUGUGUUUGGAGGUGUCCAAGGAGUACCCAGAGAGCACCAGUCACUCGUACAGGCCUCGCUGUGUGUCUGUGCACCGUUGUGGGGGCUGCUGUCACCACGAGGGGCUGUACUGCACCAACACCAGCUACACCUAUGUCAACAAGACGCUACUAGAGAUCUCUCAUCUCGACGGCUCCGUGGUGAUGGUGGCCUUCAUUAACCACACGUCCUGCCAGUGUCUGUCCAAGAGACCCCUGCACUCGGUCAUCAGGAGGGCCGCAGCAGCCCACCGCACCGUGUGUUCCCCGCCAGAUGUUCCCUGCAGUACAGGACUGGUCUGGGACCUUAACAGCUGCUUGUGUGUUCCUGUGGAGGCAAGCUUCUACUCAGAGAGAGAGCUGGAGCCCCUGGAGUCUGCCUUGCUGGCUCUGUGCGGCCCCAACAAAGUCCUGGACGAGGACAGCUGUGACUGUGUGUGUCAGAAUGGCCUGACAGAGGCCAGCUGCGGUCAGGGCAGGCGUCUGGACCAGGAGACCUGCGAGUGUCUCUGUGAGAAACAGCCCACUUCGGGGACCUGCCCACCCAACCAGCUAUGGGACCCGGGACUGUGUGGCUGCGUGUGCAGGGCAGAGUGCCCGCGUAGCCAGCCCCUCAAUCCAGAGACCUGUCUGUGUCAAUGCAGGGAGAGCCCUCACACAUGCCUGCGCCAGGGCAAGAGGUUCAUCGCACAAAACUGCAGCUGUUACCGGGAACCCUGCAGAAAGCCACACAAGAACUGUCCAAGUGGCCAGUACUACAGCCACACAGUGUGUCAGUGUAUGCCCAACUACAUGAGGUCGGGGGAGUGGAACUGAACAGUGUCCCUAGCACUGCUGCCAAACUCCUGGCAUAUGGACAGCAGCAGUAGGAUGGAGUGGAGAAGAAAAUGAAGACUGACCGCACCCACGGUCAACAUGACAUGAGACUGAAUGAAGAGGAACGGAUGGCUGAGGAGACGUACUGACUGGUUUUCUACGUCUGUGAAGGGAAGUCUAAAUUAAAUCUGCUUGUAAGAAUGUACUGAGAUGGAAAAAGAACGAGCUGCGGAAAACAGGUGAUUUGUGUUUUCAUGUCAGUUAGUUAAUAUUGUGACCAACGUCCUCUGUAUCGAUCGGUGUGUUAUCAAUUAUAUCGUUUUAGGGACACAGGAACUCACAUUUUUUAAUUGACCAAGAACAGGUGUGUUUGCAAUGAACAACAACUAUGUACUAUAUGUCCCUCAGAACCAGUUCAUAUUCACUCUCCGACAAGGAAAGGCAGGCGACAGAGCUAAUAUGGGAAUGUUUGCAUACAUUCACUUGAUCUAAAAGCUCUAAAUCUUCAGACAAGGGAACCUAAAAUGAUGCACAGUCCCUGUUAUCUAUUUAUAAAAGAUAAUGGAGUUCUCUUGAUACUGCAGUUCAAGUACUGAAUCAUGGAUAUCCCUUCAGAUUCUCAGCUGCCUUUUAAAAAUGAGCUUAGAAACAUUUGUAUUCCAUAAAAUGAAAUUCUGUUUGACGGUCUAACCUUCAUAUUUAUUACAAGUUACCCUGUCCUUCUCUGAGAUGGCAGUGCUGUGAUGUCAUUUUGACAUGAGAAAGAAGAAAAAAGACUGAAAAGUAAAGCACGAGAAUAUACUGCAUUUUACAACCAUGUUUUUCAUACUCUAAUCAGUAGUGGCUGUGAAUUAAUAUCAUAUCUCUAUUGUAUAUUUUCUUUUUCCUUAUUUAUAAAUAGAAGUCAGUCAUUGGUCUUUUUUACAGCUGAGGCCAUGUUACAGCAAAUCAAAAAUAAAAACAUUAUCAAAAGCAGUCAUAUUGGUAAUUUAUCAAACAUAUGAGUUGCCUUAUAGGUACCAAAACGUCUUGCUUAAGGUCACUGUGAGACACUCCAUGAGUGGGGGACAUACUGUAGUAGCCAAUAGCCAUUUUACUGAACUGAAUGAACCUGUGGUAUCUUUAAGACUAGCCAGUAUUUGAAGUGAGGUUGAUAAGUUCAGAUUUUCUUAUUUGUUUUUGAGGUUUGGAAGUUUUUGCAUUAAUCCUUAUAUACAAACAUCAACCAAUGUCUAGCCCUUCUGGAAGCCAGAGUCCAAGCAAAUUAAUGUUUAUAAAAUACAAUGUGUGUGAAAGUCCAUAUGAUUAAUAAAAACAUAAUAAAUAAAAGUAAUAAAACCCAAAGCUACAUAAUAGACGGCAACAAGAGGUUUCAGUUUUGAUGCUGACGCAUGCAUAUAUAGCAUAUCAUCAUAGUUUAGUACAGACAUCCUACUGGCCAGUACAAUUUCAUUUUGAGGCCGAAAAGAAGAGAAUUCUUAUUCCACCAAAUCUGUAUUUUGACCUAAAAUUUUACCCUGGAGAACUCUUGUGAACUAUAAUAAAAUCAGAUACAACCCCA